AUGGACCAUACUAGCGCCAUCUCCGGUCGGACUUCAGCCAAGGCAUCAUCAAAAAAAGAUGAGAGUGCCGCGUUCCGAUCAUCGAAUACGCAUGUGAGGAAGCUGAUCACAUUCUUCCUUGCAUGGAAGUCGGUCCUCUUACUCGUAGCCCUAGCCAGCCCAGGACCGGGGUACGAUACUUCCACUCAGCUGUUCUUGCAACGCAGCGGAUCCAUUCGCUCGCCUUCGUCAUUCACGUCUUCGAUUGAACAUCUCGCCUCGAAACUGACGCGAUGGGACGCGAUUUACUUCGUCAGCUCUUCCUCGCAAGGCCAAAUCUUUGAGCAAGAAUGGGCGUUUAGUGGAGUAUUCGCCCAAUUGACUGCUGCUUUGACCACAGUCUUUCCUUCCAAUGUCUGCACUUCUGCGAUUGCAUGCCACGCUCUAUCCGGCAUCAUUAUCUCUCACAUCUCCCACUUGUUGGCUGUCCUCUGUCUUUACAAGCUCACUUUCGAGAUUCUCUCCAUCAGGAAUGGAGAAAUAGCUUUCACAGCGGCAUUUCUGCACAUCAUCUCGCCCGCUGGACUUUUCUUGUCGGCGCCAUAUGGGGAGAGUACUUUUGCAGCAGCGCAUUUCGCUGGACAGCUCUGCUAUGUUCUCGCCAGGAAGAACGUCACUGCGACUCCCGCCGGAGCUUUCCUCCUUCUCCUUCUCAGCGGCGUCUUGAUCGGCUUCGCCACCACGAUCCGCAGUAAUGGUCUCUUGACUGGCAGUAUCUUCUUCUGGGAUGCCAUCUCAUUCAUCCCUCAACUGCGCGACAUUAUAACUCGCCGGAACUUCCGGGCGCUCACCUUUUACGCGGGAAUUGUCGCUGCCGGAAUUUUGAUCGGAGCAGGCUACAUCAUCCCUCAAGCACUCGCCUAUCAAGAAUUCUGCACAGCAGACAACAUACGACCUUGGUGCGAGAAGGGAUUGCCGAGUAUCUAUACCUUCGUGCAGGAACGCUACUGGAAUGUGGGAUUUCUUCGCUACUGGACGGUAUCGAACAUUCCGCUGUUUCUGCUUGCGACACCUAUGCUUCUUAUGUUGGGGCUUACAGCACUUGAUGCGCUACGAGACUGGAUGGUAGAAGGAGAGAAGGAGAGGGAGUUUGAGAGGGGUAUGUUAGGAAGACUAGCCUUGCCGCAGAUCAUUCUGACGGGUCUCGCAAUUACCAGCUUCCACACGCAGAUUGUGAAUCGAGUGUCGAGCGGGUAUGCAGGGUGGUAUAUUGCUGUGGCUCUUGCGCUGCAUGAAGAAGGCAAUGCUAUGCUGAAAGGAAAAGGUCAAUGGAUUGUCAGAGCCAUGGUGGUCUACGCUGUGGUUCAGGGAGGAUUGUAUGCGAGUUUCAUGCCGCCCGCAUGA